ACGCCGAAUCUCAGACUAUCAACUGCAGAGUCAAGUAGACUGAAGCAAGAAGUGACAUUUGCCGAAGACCCCUAGUGAAACGGUGGCACUCCGGGGUGUCGGAAAUGCCGGUUCGCAGGCUGCAAAACGUGUGCUGUGUGUCACAGAAAAGGGAAGCGCAAUCUUCACUGUUUAAUUAGCGAUUCUUAAUUAGGCUUCUGGCUGGAGUAAAUCAUGUGCAGGCUCUUCAUAGGAGCGAAAAGAAUCGAGCUGGCUGGGGGGAUCCAAUAAAAAGGUGAUCAAAACCGAAUGGGAUGGCUUGAAAAAUUAAAGUAGUGGAGAAAAAAAUAAAUUUAAAAAAGGAGCAUCCGCAACAGUAAAGACAGUGGAAGUAGUCUUGGACCUCGAUCUCAGCUGCUGUGGAGGCGACUUUCUCUGUUGAGAUCCACUUUCGCUCCAGCCAUUGCUAAAGUUUUUAUGUUCACCCUGAUGCCCUUUUUUUACGGGGAGUAAAAAUGGCCUUUUUGAGGGUUUGCAUGUAAUAAAUUCAAACAGAAGUUCAGACAGCUUUCCAAUCAAAAUUCCAGGUCUGGCUCAUUAUUAGUGUACCUGGCUUCAUGUGCUCAAAUAUGCCAUCAGUGAACUUCUCCGAGAUUACUACAUCUAUCAUUUUAGAGACUGGAGUUACUCAAAGCAUCCCAAAGUUUUUCUCUCCUCGAGAAGGUGCUGACAGGGUUUAUUUCUUGGAUUCUUCUGCACAUGGUUUGGAAACCAUUCCAGAAGAUAUCCUGAGGAUGAAACAUCUUGAAGAGCUUCACUUGGAGAAGAACUCCAUUAGUUUUAUACCAAGUGGGAUAAAAAACCUUGAGCACCUCCAAGUUCUCUAUCUGCAUGAAAACAGCCUGGAGAGCCUGUGCGAUGAGCUUGGUGAACUUCAUCAAUUGCAGUGUCUUGAUCUGAGUGACAAUCCUCUGACAUCAACGGAGGAGACUCUUCGGCCACUAAGUUGCCUUUGGGAAUUGCAAGAGUUGAGGCUCUAUAACCUUGGCAUCCAGGAAGUCCCCAUCCUGAUGUGCAAAAAUGUUUACAACUUGCAGCUGCUUGGCCUUUCUGGCAACCAGCUUUCCAGUUUGCCCAAAGAGAUUGUCAAUUUGACCAAACUUCAAGAAAUUUACCUCCAGAGAAACCUGUUUGAAGAGUUCCCCACUGUAUUGUGCCAACUUUCUAACCUGGAAAUUGUGGACCUGGAGCAGAAUGCCAUAAGCUGCGUGCCAGAUGAGAUUGCAUUGCUGCAGAAUCUGACCAAGCUUUUCCUGGCAUCCAAUCGCCUGUGCUUUGUACCUCAAUCCCUUUCACAGUGCAGCAGGCUCACCUAUCUUGAUGUGACCGCCAACUACAUCAGCAAAGUGCCAUGGAAUGCACUGACAGGCCUUGUGGAGCUGGCGCUCUCUUACAACAGGCUUCGUAUUUUACCCUCACACGUGGGCAAGCUGGUUUUUCUGCAGGUGCUCUACCUAAAGAAUACAGGCCUAAGGAACGUGCCAUCUCACAUUCGCCAGCUCUCUGAGCUGCGUGUUCUGGAUCUCAGCCAAAACCGCUUCAGCACCUUUCCAGUUGCCGUCUGCUCUCUGCCCCGCCUGGAGAUGCUAUCAUUAGAUGACAACAAAUUAACACAGCUACCUGCAGACAUUAAACAGCUCACCCAGCUGAAGAGUCUGGGGUUGACCGGCAACAGGUUUGAAAUUUUCCCAGAGGAGAUCUGCUUCUUACCUGCUCUGGAGAAGCUCUACUUGGGGCAGGAUGAGGGGCUGAAACUUACACGUCUGCCGGACACAAUCUCUAUGCUGCAGAGCCUGAAAGAACUUUAUGUGGAAAACAACAGCUUGACUGCUCUUCCUGCUGCCAUUGGCACUCUAGCCAACCUGAACAUUCUCGACUGUCAUAAUAAUCAACUAACGGAGCUAUCUGAGGGCAUCUGUAACUUACAAGCUUUAAAGAGGCUCUUCAUUCAGGGCAACCAGCUGAGUCAACUUCCCGAUGAUUUUGACCAGCUGCAGAACCUUGAAGUACUUCAGCUGGAGGGUAACCCACUUUCAGAUCCCCCGAUGGAAAUAUGCACGAUGGGAAUUGUGGCCUUGCACAAAUACCUUCAAGACAAGAGGAUGCGGCAGAUCAAAGCCACAAAGAUUCAGGCAUGGUGGCGGGGCUUGAUGGUGAGAAGGGGCCUAGGCCCAUUCAAGGAGCUCUUUGGGCAAAGAAUGGCAGCCAUCAAGGGCAAAGGAAAAAAAGGUGCACCAGCCAAAGGAAAGAAAGGAGCAGCAAGCAAACCAGCAAGUGGCAAGAAAAAGAAAUAAACAAGAAAAGAAGUUUGGAAAGUUUUUGAUAUAAUAACUGCUUCUGUCAGGUUUUCUUAAU